AUGUGCAUCGACCACUCCGACCAGCAACUCGAUCCCAAGCCUAGGAUUAUCGGAGGGAAGCGCACCGGCCAGUACGAGCCAUGCCAAGACCGCAUCCUUAGAGAAGACAUCAUCUACAGGCAUUUGGGCCAACACCCCCGGAGACUUCAGUACUUUGGCCUCGAGCAAGUCAGCCCAGGCGUUCACUCGAUUCGGCUAGAGCUGGCACCUCAUGGGUGUCUCCGACAGUAUAUCCAGGACUCCAUGCACAAUAUGCCAUCACUCCCAAUCCGCUUCCAAAUGGCAGUUGAUGUUGCUGAGGGACUUGAGCAUGUCCACCAUCGAGGCGUCUACUCGGCCGACCUCAGUGCGAGAAAUGCCUUUCUAUUUGAAGGAUUCCGCAUCAAGCUUGGCGGUUUUGGUGGCUCAAUUCUUCGGGACCCGCCGGAUCGCUUCAGACUGGACCAGUGCUAUGAGGGCCGAUACACGCUACCACCAAAAGGGCGGGAGUACGACGAGGUGGAUAUCUUGAAACGGGAAAUCUUCGCUCUCGGGUGCAUCUUGUACGAGAUAAUGGCCUGGAAAGUGCCAUUUGGCGAGGUUGAUAGCGAAGAAGCUGAACAGCGCUACGACAGGGGCUGUUUUCCUUCACUUGUCAACAACCCGCUUCGAGAGGUGAUUUGGGAUUGCUGGGCCGAAGUAUUUCAAAGCGCAGAUCAGGUUUUGUCCCAAUUAAGAAAUAUUGCAAGAGUGGCGUUGCCAAGGCCGUACAGCGUAGUUUUGCUCUUUACUGCAAAAUCAUUUUGUCUUGGAUGCAUACAAUACCUAGUCGUGUCGGCUGGACCAGGAAAGCCGGAUUAG